UGCAGAGGGUGAUGAGUAUUUCCAUGUUGGAAGAAUGGUUGCGGUCUCUAUUGUACAUGGUGGUCCAGGGCCUCGAUGCUUUUCCCCGAGCUUCUACCAGUACCUGGUUGGUAAAGUGAAGACCAUUGAGGCCCCAAUUGAGGACAUACCUGAUACUGAAGUCAGGAAUGUUCUCCUUGAGAUUAAGAAUGCUAGAACAUUGGAAGAACUCAUGGAACUCGCAGAUAAGCACUCCAGCAUGCUUCAAACAGCAGGAUGCUAUCGAUGCCUGAGGACACUGGAGGAUAAGGAAAAAGUUGUGGAUGGUUACAUCCAGUGGUACUUCACCUACCGUAACCAUGUUUCCUUCCAGAGGUUCAAGGAUGGCCUGGCUACCCUCAACUUUUUCAACGCUCUGGAACAGCAUCCCUCCCUUUUCCUGCCCUACAUGUGUUACAGUGCGGAAGACCUGACAGCCGAGAGUGUAGAGUCACUGUUCCGUCCACAAAUGAGCCCAACUGGUAGCUCAAAUCGCCAUGAGGAGGAGAGAGUGCUUGGCUACUGGCUGGACUACUUAAUCGCUGUAAAAGAGGAAGGGUCAGGGAUGUCCCUGCAGGACAUUCUGAUGUUUGCAACAGGCCUGAAAGAAAUCCCAGCAGCAAAAUUAAUACCACAGCCUCAACUCACAUUCCAGAAACACUCAAGGUUUCCUGAGGCUAAUGUCUGCGCUAACACAAUAAAACUCCCGAUCUUACCCUCAUAUGAAAUCGUUGAGGAAGCCAUGAAUUAUGGAAUCAAGAACGCCCCUGGAUUUGGGCUCCUUUGA